AUGUCGGGUGAGAGUGUCUUCAACCUGAUCGAGCCAGAUGUGGAGUCGGUGCAACCGCAACCGCUGCGGAAAGUAAAACUCGGAAAGGGAACUGCUGCCCCUCCGACGGCAUCCACAUUCGGUUUCCAUGGGACAAGCGCAGUGGUGGCAAACGUAGGCGGCGAGAAUACGGAGCCGUCUGUGCACCCAGCAAAGAAACCAACGGGUACAUUCGGUCGCGAGGCCUCCAGCAGCGUCAACCCUAGUAAAUUUCUCAAGAAAAACGAAGGUGUCGGUACUGCCAGCCGCGGAGUACCAAUCGUGGACGCUACCAAGUUUGUCAAAGCCGAAAAAGAUGCCUCGAAACGGAAAGAUGACGUUCCCAAUAGGUAUGAUAAGCCGGUUAUGGGUGUAAAGACUGAAAAAAACUACGUUGUGGCGAAUGCCGUAGAGAACGUUCUUGCCCUUCCUACAAAGUGUAUUCCAACUCCAAUGAAUCGUGCGGUUGAUCGAGCUGACUUCGGUAAGGUGCCCAAGUACCUGAAGGAAGUGAAGGCCGACAUCGAGGAACGACACGCUUUAGUAGAGAGGCUGAAGGCUGCCAAACGUGAGGCCGAGGAGAGGUGGUCGGAGUUGUCUGGGGAGGAACUCGAGCAACUAAAACAGGGAUUACAGCGGCGCUGGGAUUCUCUCAACAAAGAUUAUCAGUCCCGUGGUUUCAGUAAGCUGCAAACUCCCUCUCAGAAGGCCCAGCACGAGGCUGUGGGGAAGGAGCUGAAUGCGGUAGAGUUUGCCAUGCAGAAAUUGAGUCGUGCACAUGUAUUUGUUUACGAUGAUCGAAAUUAG